AGAUGCAUAUUCAUACCCAGCAACCAGUACUGGAACAUAACUAGUACUGUUUUGUUAAAUUGAGCACCCAUCUCUCUUGAAAGUUGAAACCGAUAUGGCUACUGGUUUUGUUAAGAGAAGGGUGGCAACAGUGCUAAGCAUUGAUGGAGGUGGCAUUAGAGGCAUAAUUCCGGGUUCCCUUCUUGCCUUUCUUGAAUCCAAACUUCAGGAGCUGGACGGGUCACAGGCAAGGAUUGCAGAUUAUUUUGACAUCAUUGCUGGGACGAGCACUGGUGGACUGGUAGCCACCAUGCUUGCAGCUCCUAAUAAGGAAAACAGACCCAUGUAUGCAGCAAAGGACAUCAUUGACUUCUAUUUAGAGCACAGCCCCAAGAUUUUCCCUCAGAAAAGUAACCUGUUAGGUCCGCUGUCAAUUUUCUUUGGGGGGCCAAAGUAUGAUGGGAAGUAUCUGAGGUCAUUGACGAACAACUUGCUAGGAGACUUGACUAUCACACAGACCCUCACAAAUGUUAUUUUGCCUACUUUUGACAUGAAGCUCCUUCAACCAGUGAUCUUCUCCACCACUGAAGGAAAGACUAAUGCUUUGAAAAAUGCUAGGCUAGCAGACAUUUGUGUGGCCACCUCUGCAGCUCCUACGUACUUGCCAGCACACUUCUUCACGACCAAGGAUCCCAAUGGAACGUCCACUCGCAAUUUCGACCUGAUUGAUGGUGCGAUUGCCGCAAAUAAUCCUGCAUUAUUAGCCGUAUCUGAGAUCCGCAACCAGAUCAGGAUGAAUACCGGUGAAUUUGCUGGCGUAAAACCCACUGAGAGAAAGGGUCUAGUCUUGUCGCUAGGAACUGGAGAAGCCAAGUCUGGAGUGACAUAUGAUGCACCCACAGCCGCUAAUUGGAGCAUGAUCAAUUGGGUUUCUUACAGUGGCAAAACACCAAUUAUAGACAUGUUUAGUAGUGCAAGCUCUGAUAUGGUUGACUAUCAUAUCUCCACCCUCUUCCAGUCUCUGGACUCAAAGGAAUGGUACCUACGUAUUCAGGAUGACAAAUUGAGCGGGGAUGCAGCAUCUGUUGACAUUGCAACUCCCCAGAACUUGCAAAGGCUUAAAGAGAUUGGAGCUGCACUCCUAAAGAAGACAGAGUCUAGAGUGAAUUUGGAUACUGGCAAGUAUGAAGAAAUUGAAGGAGGACGUACGAACGAAGCGGCUCUUGCCAAGUUUGCUCAGUUUCUCUCAGAUGAAAAAAAGCACCGGCAAACCAAUUAAUGGUGUUUUUUUCUAUGGCAAUGUACAAGAAGCAUUAUCUAUAAGUGAUAAGAGAAGGGAGUUUUAAUUUGCUUUCAUAUAUAUAUAUAUAUAUAUAUAUAUAAAGGAACAAAAUAUCUCUUGCUUUAUGGCAAGAGAAACCUAUGGACGUGUAAAAUAUGUGUAAUGCAAAGGUUUGAUCCCUUGUAUAAGCUAAUUAAACUGCCAAAAUUUCUGCAUGUAGAUCAAUUGAUCCCAUCCCCAUGGCGAAUUGCUCCUCUUCUUUAUUCUGUAAUACCGACAGUGAUACGACCAACCUCAAGCGGAAGUACGUAGUUCGGAGCGUCUCUUUCUGUGCUGUUAUGAUUCCAUGAUCUUCUCUGAGGUAGACCUGCUUAUCUACUCUAACAGUUCGCCUUCAGCUCACCUUGGAUACUCCAACCUUGGUCAAACACUUGAAGAUAGUCCUAUCAACACGAGCUAUUGCCCUUUGAUGCUGGAUACGCUGGUGUAGAUUUCUUUUCUGUAAUUGGAUUAGAAUAAUAUAAGUAGUGCUAAAGUCGAUGCGCUAAAUGAGAGUUCGAGGUGGGAUGAGUAAAUUAGCUCGAAUUCAUUAGUGCAUCUGCUUCUAUUUUCAUAGUGAAUCACAGCGACUCGUCCCGUGUCAAUAAAGGUACAAGUUUUCUUCUUA